GAGCGAGGUGGUUUCUUUCAAGCUGUCGGUAAGGCAAUCUACUGGGCACUCCAACUGCGGGGUCCUCACGGCCUUCUCAGCUGCCUCAGCCUCCGUCCGGAGAGGACCCGGCGCCGAAUCACUGACAGGCCCAGGUCUUGGGUGAGCUGGAGCACCGACGACUCGGACCUCAGCCCCAGGCUUCUGCUUUGGAGGACAAAACCCCUGACUGACCUGAGCGGACGUCCUCUUAGAGGGUGGCGCCUGGAUCAGCCUGGGGUGGGGAAUACAGUGAAGAGGGUGUUGCAACUCUUAGAAGAGAGGUGACGGGAAUCUAAACUGAGGAGGUGGCAAAAAUGAUCCACAGUCUAUUUCUCAUAAACUGUUCUGGUGACAUAUUUCUGGAGAAGCACUGGAAGAGCGUUGUGAGCCAAUCUGUUUGUGAUUAUUUCUUUGAAGCUCAAGAGAAAGCUGCUGAUGUUGAAAAUGUACCACCUGUCAUUUCAACACCUCAUCACUACCUCAUCAGCAUCUACCGGGAUAAGCUCUUUUUUGUGUCCGUCAUACAGACUGAAGUGCCACCUCUCUUUGUAAUUGAGUUCCUACAUCGAGUUGCUGACACUUUUCAGGACUACUUUGGUGAGUGUUCGGAGGCUGCAAUUAAGGAUAAUGUGGUCAUAGUAUAUGAGCUCUUGGAAGAAAUGUUAGACAAUGGAUUUCCACUGGCUACUGAAUCUAACAUUUUGAAAGAACUGAUUAAACCACCAACAAUUCUACGUUCCGUCGUCAACUCUAUUACAGGCAGUAGUAAUGUUGGAGACACACUCCCCACUGGGCAGCUGUCCAACAUCCCAUGGCGCCGGGCAGGGGUAAAGUACACAAACAAUGAAGCCUAUUUUGAUGUCGUUGAAGAAAUAGAUGCAAUUAUAGAUAAAUCAGGAUCCACAGUCUUUGCAGAAAUUCAGGGGGUCAUUGAUGCUUGCAUUAAGCUAUCUGGAAUGCCUGACCUUUCCCUUUCUUUCAUGAACCCAAGGCUUCUCGAUGAUGUCAGCUUCCACCCCUGCAUCCGGUUCAAGCGUUGGGAAUCUGAAAGAGUUUUGUCAUUUAUUCCUCCAGAUGGAAAUUUCCGACUCAUAUCAUAUCGUGUCAGCUCACAAAAUCUAGUGGCAAUACCAGUGUAUGUGAAACAUAGCAUUAGCUUUAAGGAGAAUAGUUCUUGUGGCAGAUUUGAUGUUACAAUUGGACCAAAGCAGAAUAUGGGAAAAACUAUUGAAGGAGUCACAGUGACAGUUCACAUGCCAAAAGUUGUGCUGAAUAUGAACCUGACACCAACACAAGGCAGCUAUACAUUUGAUCCAGUUACCAAGGUACUAACAUGGGAUGUAGGAAAAAUUACUCCGCAAAAGCUCCCAAGUCUUAAAGGACUGGUAAAUUUACAGUCUGGAGCACCCAAACCAGAAGAGAAUCCAAGCCUCAACAUACAGUUCAAGAUCCAGCAGCUUGCUAUUUCAGGCUUAAAAGUAAACCGCUUGGACAUGUAUGGGGAGAAAUAUAAGCCAUUUAAAGGAGUGAAAUAUGUCACAAAAGCUGGAAAGUUCCAAGUGAGGACAUGAGAAGAGGCCAAAAUUCCUCAAGAUUUGUCUGUCUUACAAGUGUCAUUACAGUUUAUUACUAUUAAGUACCAAGUGGGUGGGAAUACAUAUUCCAGUUAAAGCAUUUGUGUCAAGCUACACACCGCUUACAAAAUUGCUUAUUAAUCAAUGUAGGGUUCUUAAGGAGCUUUAAGCUAAGGUAACUUUUGAAUGACUUAGCUUAUUUUGUAUCUUUUCACUUAGGAAGAUUUUGAAGUUGAUUUCCUCCAUGGGGGGGCACCAGCUGGAGGCUGCACACUGUAACAGUAAAGGCAGAAGGCUACAGUGAUAACCUCUUGCCUAAAACAAGUGAACUGGUCUCAGCCAGCAGGAGCUGUCUUAAUCUGUAGUGUGAUGUGUCAAGUGCAGCCAAAUGUCACACUUGAUCUUAGCCAUCUCAAGUCAGCAUCUGUCCCAACAGAGGAAAUUUCCCCCCACCCUGAGAAGUUUACAAAAGACUGCCUCUUCAAGUGUUUGCCUUAUUCAGCUUUUCACUUGUGCCAUUAAGCAAGCACUGUAGCAAAAGCCACUUCCACAUGGCCCUGGCAGGGAGCGCUGCUGCUCCAUGCUCCAUUCUCACUGUACUUGGUAUUGUAUUUUUUAUAAAUCAGAUUUUUAUGUAAAGCUCAGAUUUUGAUUUACAGGGACCUUGCUGCAGAAAGUACCAUCUCAGUUUUGUGCCACUGGUUCAGCUGUUAGCACAGCAAAAAUCAUUUGUAUCAAAGGGGCGAAUGCUUUAUUAAGGUAAUAAAAGGGAACCUACUUCUGCUUCUAGGAAGUUAUUGCAAGCACAAGCAUUUGAGAUUUUAAGCAAAUUAAAGUACUAAAAGAGAAAGUUAAAUGAAGCUUUGCCAUCUUCAUGUUUUAUACAGCUUAUCUAACACCACUUAAACAAUAAUUAGCCUAAAGGCCUCAUGCCCUAGUUCAGUGAAAGGAGGAAGAUAUGCCUGCCUCACUAUCCUCAAUCUUUUUUUUUUUUUUUAAUCUUUUAUCUUUUCUAUUGUUGUUCUCAAGGGCUUGAAUUUGCCUGCAUCCUUGUCUUCAGGGGGAACUCCCUUUUCAUAUUGUGUGCUUCCCAAGGCUAUAAUCAAUAGAUUUCUUCCUUAAAGUAUUGCCGUAACUGUCACUGGAGUACUUGAAUGUCUCUACUGACAAAGUAUGUGAAGGUACAUUAUAUUGAGGCAGAAACAAAAUCCUCAGUAACGUUGAUGAAACCAUGUUGAUCAUCGUGGUUGGCAAGUCAGUCUACAGUUGUAUCAUUUCACUCAACUUCAUUGGCUUAGAAGUCCCUGCCCAGUUAUUUUGCCUUUGUUAGACAUGAAGAAUGGAGAAAGGCUGAAAAUUAUAAGUGCUGCUUGUUCUUCAUGUUUCCUUCUUGUUCUUAUGCUAUUUUCUUCUCCUUGUGAUUCCAUUCUUUUCAUUCUUCUCAGCUUAUAACUCCCUUUCCCUAUGCUAAGGAUAGCCCUGAUACUCAUCCACUCUGCUGUCAAGGGCUAGUGGUUGGUGCUGGUAGAGGGAGCCCAGUACACAGCAGCAUUCUUACCUUUGCCUGCCUAGGGUAUCCAGCCUGCCUUUCAUCUAAUAGGAAAGGUUACUUUUUGCAACUUUGAAGUUUCUAGGCUAACCAAUAUCAGCUUGGCAACUAAAAUUAAAAUGUUGCCAAAUAUUUAUUCCCUUUGCCUAAGGCUGGUUACCCAGUUGAAUUACUUUUCCUUUUUAAUGUCUUACUCUUCAGAGUUCAUACCUCAAAAGAGCAAUCAGUACAUCUGCUUUUCUUUCUGCAGAAUCCCUAAUCUCAACUAUCUAUACCUGGACUGUCCAAUUUUCUUUCUGUGCCGUCUUCUCUUAUAUACAAGCAGAUUGUAUGCCAAGAGUCCCUUGCCUCUAGCAAUUUCUGCUGAAACUUUCAAGUAGACUGUUUCCUUUUACAAUUAAAUUAUUGUGUUUAUUAGUUUGAUUGGAUCUAGUAAACCCUUUCUCUAGCUCUGGCUAUACUGUCAAUAAAAAGAUGAAAGCAACAAGUUGA